AUGGCGCAGAUGCAGGUGACCGACAUUACAGAGCUGCUGAAGGGCGGGCAGAGCCCAGACGCCAAUGUGCGCAAGCAGGCGGAGCAACAGCUGCAGCAGUUCCAGGAGCAGAGCUACGCGGGUUUCCUGCUCAGCCUGUGCGCGGCGCUGGCGGGGGAGGACAAGCCCCUUGAGGUCCGCAGGCUGGCCGGGAUCAUACUCAAGAACACUUUGGACGCCAAGGACAAGCAUCGAAAGGAGGAGCUGGCGGCGCGAUGGGUGGCGCUUGACCCCAGCACCAAGCUGCACGUGCGGACUGUUCUGCUGGGCACGUUGAGUUCGGAGGUUCCUGAAGCUGGCCACACGGCAGCGAUGGUAAUUCCAAAGAUUGCCAUUGUUGAGCUUCCAAGGAAAGAGUGGAACGACUUGAUUCCCAGCCUGCUGCAGACAAUGGGUACUGAAGGCACGCGAGGGUGCGUCAGGCAAUGCACACUCGAGGCGCUUGGAUAUGUGUGUGAAGAAAUUGGGAUGAUGAGCCUCACCAGCCUGGCCAACAGUCUCCUUUCGCAGGAUCAAGUCAACAACAUCCUGACUGCGGUUGUAUCAGGAAUGACUAAAGAUGAAGCUGACAACAAUGUCAGGCUUGCGGCCACCACCGCCCUCUUUAAUGCACUGGAAUUUGCACACAACAAUUUCGACAAUGAGACAGAGAGGAAUUAUUUGAUGCAAGUGAUCUGUGAGGGAACGAUCUGCACAGAUGUCAGAGUGAGAGUGGCCUCACUCGAGUGCCUUGUGAAGAUAGCUUCGGAUUACUACGAAGUGCUCCCAACAUACAUGACAGAGCUGUACAAGCUGACUGUGAGAACAAUCCAACAAGAUGAGGAGGACGUUGCCAAACAGGCGAUCGAGUUCUGGAGCACAUUGUGUGACGAGGAGAUCGACAUCAUUGAGGAACGAGAAGCUGCUGCGGACGACUCUCUUGUUCUGCACAAUUUUAUCAAGCAGGCAUGUCCUUCUGUCGUGCCAGUCCUCCUUGACCAACUGACGAAGCAGGAUGAGGAGCAAGAGAUUGAUGACAGUGUUUGGAGCAUCAGCAUGGCAGCGGGUACCUGCCUGUGCUUGGUGGCAAACUGUGUUGGAAACGAUGUGGUGCCACUGGUCAUGCCAUAUGUGCAGGGGAACAUCAACAAGAAUUCAGUCCCUGACGACUGGCGACUCAGGGAGGCUGCCACCUUUGCCUUUGGGUCCAUUCUGGAGGGCCCAAGUGUGGAUCAGCUGUCUCAGCUGGUCAACAUGGGUUUGCAGUUUCUGCUGAAUGCUACGAAGGAUCCAAGUGCUCAUGUCCGGAACACAACCGCCUGGACCAUAGGGCGUAUUUUCGAGUUUGUGCAUGGAUCGGACACAGGACAGCCGCUGAUCACAAACCAGAAUCUGCCACACAUUGUGAAGGUCUUGCUGGAGAGCAUUCAGGAUGAGCCACACAUUGCUAACAGGGUGUGCUAUGCCAUCAGUCACCUGGCAGCCGGCUCUAAGGAUAGCGAAUCAUCAAAGCUGUCUCCUUUCUUCAAAGACAUUGUGCAGGAAUUGAUCAACACGGCUUUCCGGCCCAUGGCAGAUAGCUAUAUGCAGUCCAGGCUGCAAAACUCAUCUUUUGAGGCCAUAAAUGACAUGGUAAGGUCUUCUUCAAAGGACUGCCUGGAGAUGGUGGGGCAGCUCAUCCCACUCUUCCUUCAGAAGCUUAGUGAGACAUUCCAAAUGGCGGUCACAACCGCUGAAUCAAGGGAAAAGCAAAGUGAGCUGCAGGGGAGGCUCUGUGGCUGCCUCUCUGUUGUGAUCCAGAGGUUGUCAGAUACAGAUGGCCAGAAGGUUAUGGUUGUUCGGUUUGCAGACCAGAUUAUGGACCAGCUGUUGCAGGUGUUGUCCAUCAGGAGCUCAGCUAUACACGAAGAAGCCAUGCUGGCGGUGGGGUCCUUGACAUUUGCUGUUGGCAGACCUUUUGUGAAGUACAUGGAGAAAUUCUAUCCAUUUUUGGAGAUGGGUCUGAGGAAUCACAAGGAAUGGCAGGUCUGCCAGAGCACUGUUGGGACUGUGAGCGAUGUGUGCCGGAUACUGGAAGAUCAGGCCCUCCCUUGGUGUGACAGUCUCAUGAACCUGCUGUCAGAGAACCUGGCAUGCAACAGUGUGCACCGGAGCAUAAAGCCUAACAUUCUGAGCGCUUUUUCAGAUAUUGCGAUGGGCUUGGGGGAGCAUUUCGAAAAGUACUUGGCCGGGGUGGCGCAGAUCUUGAAGUCUGCAAUGGAGCUGUCAUUGCAAGGUGCUAAUUCUCAAGACGAAGAUUUCUGCGAGUACAACAACCAAUUGCGAGCAGGAAUAAUUGAUGCCUUCUCAGGCAUCCUUCAGGGCCUGGGGCGUGCCAAGGCGGAGCAGCAUCUGCAGCAGCAGGCCACGUUCAUGAUUGACUUCAUCGGUGCUGUGAUGGAGGAUGCAAACAAAGAUGCUACCUUGACCAAGUUGGCUGUAGGGUUGCUUGGGGACAUAGCUUCGGCCCUCCCCAGUUUGGGUCCCUUUUUCACGUCAAAGCCAUGGAUAAAGCGCGCCAUUGAGGAGUGCUACCAAAAUCAGGCGCCGGGGAUGAGGACAACUGCCGAGUGGGCGGCAAACCGCAUUCGAGAAUGUGCCAGCAGCACUGCCACAUCAUGA